AUGGAUUCCGUUGAAGAAGAAUUUGUUUGUUCCGUUGACAAAGAAGAUUUAAAUGGUUAUUACAGACUUCAUACAAUUUGGAAGAAAAAUAGUUUUAUUAUAAAUAUUACGUCAAAAAAUGGAGCUUGGAGUGGUGAGUGCAAAGAAAUUUUAACAACACAUAAUGGAUAUCCAAAAAUAAGUUACAUGGUUCAGAAUGGAUGUUUUGUGUGGAAAAAAAUUAUUGAUGAAGAUAGUGGAAUUAAAUUAAAAAUAGGAUCUGUUAAAUUAUUGCCUGCAAAUUUUGAAGAGACUGUUCAAAAAUGUCUAACUGUAGCUCUUAAUUCAAAUGACAAAUUAAAAAAAGAAGUCGGAGAAUUGAAAAAAGAAAAUGAAAAAAAUUUAUCUGAAAACAAAAAAUUGUUUAGUAAAUUAGAUGAGAUCACAAAUGUAAAAAUAAAUAUGGAAACUGACUUGUAUAAAAAAUUUCAGUUAUUGCUUAAUACAAAAAAAGAAAAAAUAGCUUAUCUGGAAAAUAUUAUUAGCCGUGGAAAAAUAGAUGAAAGUUUUAAUCCUUACGAUGUUGAUACUGAAAACGAGGAUGAUCACUAUACAGAUGAUGAUAAUGAUGACAUUAUAAAAAAAACAAUAGAAACAAAUAAGAGUGAUUUUUCAAAAAGUGAUAUAAUUUGUGAAAUAUCUGAAAAUAAUUUGUUUAAAGAAAAAAGUAAAGAAACAGAAGAUUUUAUUAGCAACAAAAAAAUUAAAGAACAUGAAAGUUAUGUAACAAUUGAUAACCCAGACAAUGAAACAACAAAAAUAAAUAAUUCAGAUAUUGAACAAAAUAAAAUAUUAGAUGAAAGUAAUUCUAAUAAAACAUCAGAAAGUAAAAAUUUUCCAUCGACAAAAGAGGAACUUUUAACAUUUUUUUACGGUUCUUAA